UUGAAAUGCAUUGAAAAGAAAAAAGGGAAUGGUGAAUUUUUUGAACGAGAGCUUCGAUUUGAAGCCCAAGCACUCGUCGGAGGAAGCUUUGGAAAGAUGGAGGAAAGUUUGUGGUUUCGUCAAGAAUCCGAAACGCCGGUUUCGAUUCACUGCCAACCUCUCCAAACGCUACGAAGCUGCUGCUAUGCGCCGAUCCUAUAAGGAAAAACUGAGAAUCUCUGUACUGGUUUCGAAAACUGCCUUCCAGUUUAUCUCGGGUGUCGAAACAAGUGAAAGUGAUUAUGUUGUGCCUGAAGAAGUCAAAGCUGCUGGUUUUCAACUUUGUGCGGAUGAGUUAGGAUCCAUUGUGGAAGGCCAUGAUUUGAAGAAACUAAAGAUUCAUGGUGGAGUGGAUAGUAUCGCUGAAAAACUCUCCACAUCAACCACCAAUGGGCUAACUUCUGACACCGAUCUGUUGAAUAAAAGACAACAGGUCUAUGGAAUCAAUAAGUUUGCUGAGGCUGAAGCUAAAGGGUUCUUGAUAUUUGUUUGGGAAGCUCUUCAGGACAUGACCCUUAUGAUCCUUGGGGUGUGUGCUUUUGUGUCAUUGAUAGUCGGGAUAGAAGCAGACGGUCAACUUUAGGAACGAAAGCGAUUU